AUGUCGACGGCUUAUACCUCGGUCGAUUUGACUCCAGGAACUUUUGAUGAUCCCUAUGAAUUCCCCACUCAAUACUUACCAAAGGUUAUGAAAGAUGAUAGCAAGAUUCCUUUGGUUUUGGUAGCCUGUGGCUCAUUUUCACCUAUUACUUACCUUCACCUUCGCAUGUUUGAAAUGGCCCAGGACCACUUCAAGGAACGCAAUGAGUAUGAAUUGCUGACUGGCUAUUAUUCACCGGUGUCGGAUUCCUACAUGAAGGAAGGUUUGGCAAUGGCUGAGCAUCGUGUUAGUAUGUGCAAACUUGCUGUUGAGACAACCUCCAAUUGGUUAAUGGUGGAUUCUUGGGAGCCACGUCAAAAGACAUAUCAAAGAACGGCAGUUGUAUUGGAUCAUUUUGAUAAUGAAUUAAAUACAAUCAGAGGAGGAAUUUUGACAUCUAAAGGUAAUCGCAAGAUUAGAAUUAUGCUUUUAGCAGGAGGAGAUUUGAUCGCUUCGUUUGGUCACCCUGGCGUGUGGGCCCCCGAUGAUCUUCACCAUAUUGUGGGUUACUAUGGAUCGGUUAUUAUCGAGAGAACAGGCACAGAUGUCUAUGGAUUCCUUUUAUCGCAUGAUAUCCUUUACCAGCAUAGAAUGAAUGUGACAGUGAUCAAACAGUUGAUCCACAAUGAUAUUAGCUCUACAAAGAUACGGUUGUUCGUUAAGCGCGGAAUGUCGAUUAAAUAUCUGCUGCCCAACCCAGUCAUUGAUUAUAUCCAUGCACACCGUCUUUACUUGCCACCAAAAUAA